GCCAAUAGUUUUUAAAAGACGAAAGACUGCACGUGGAGAAUGACAGUUUCGUAAGAAGUGCAAAAGUGUGUGCAAUAAUGACAUAUAUUGUUGAAUCAUUAACAAAUUGUAGAAAAAAUUGCGAAUAUGAGUGCAAAACUGUCACUAGAAUUAACACUCGCCAUUUUAAAGCCACACGUUGUCAAGAAUCCAAUAGUUCUGCAGAAAAUUCACGAUAUGAUCGCUGAAAAUGGACUGAAAGUAGUCAGAAGCCGGAGGAAAACUAUCACACUUCCGGAGGCUGAUUUAUUCUAUCAGGAACAUAGACAGAAAUUUUUUUAUAAUAGGCUAGUCACUUUCAUGUGCAGUGGGCCCUCUGAUAUUCUCAUUUUAGCUGGAUCCAACGCUAUCUCCAAAUGGAGAGAAAUUAUGGGACCGACGAAGGUGUUUCAGGCACAGUACUCGGCUCCAGAGUCCAUUAGAGGGAAGUUUGGACUGUCUGAUACGAGAAAUGCUACACAUGGUUCAGACUCGAUAGAAUCAGCAGAACGUGAAAUGCAGAUAUUAUUCAAAGACUUUGACUGCAGAAAAUGGCGCGAAAGUUAUGGGUCUUCGUGAUGUAGGACAACAAAUGGAAUUUGAUGGUGAAUCGAUUAGAAAUAAUGUUGAUGAGAACGUUAAAUAAAUCAGUGAUAGACGAUACGAAUUUAGCCAGUGAAAAAUAAAAUGUAAAUUCAAUUGUCGUGAAAAUAAAUUUGACAAAAAUA